AUGAACAUCUCCUACGAACGAGCUAUACCAUCCGAGAGCCUUGGGAGCAAAGUGAAGCCGGAGGAGAUUGAAGUAAAGCAGGAGGGCCAUGAACACGACUCGCAGGCCACCGCCGAGUCAAAAAGUUCUCGUAAAAAUACGAACAAGAAUCGCGAGGAUAGAGUCGUGCUAAGCCAGCCUUUUCUCUCAAGUCGCGCCUUGGAAUGGGUUGUUCAUCUCCUCGCAGUCAGCAUAAGUAUUAUUGGCAUUUGCUGGCUUCGCUUUCUACCCGUAUAUUGGACAGAUGAGCCGAUAUGGACCACCUCUUGGGCCUGGGCGUUCUUCGACUUGGAUGGCAACCUCAAGGCUCUUCAGUUCAUUACCAAAGUCCAUACGUUGCUCAUGAUAGCCUCUAUUGCGAGCAUUACGGUGAAUUUCUCCCGGCGCCGGCUGGUUGGCCAUAAGGGCGUCGCAUUUGAUAACCUCUGGUACACCGUCAACUUCAUAACAAAAGACUCAGCAACCAUCGGUCUGAGUAUCUUCAUUCUCUGUUCAGCCAUCCUCUGCCAGCUCGUCGGCCUCGCAUCCAUCGGCGUGAUUCAGCCCAAUCUUGGCUGGUGGCAUGUACCCAACCCGUACGGUAGUCAGGCAUUGCCACUUUAUAUCCAGUCUAAAAAGAACGAGACAUUCCCUUUAAAGCUCAACUCGACAACUAUUCCCACGUCCACGGCUGGGUUGGAAUGGGACAUGGACUCAUGUUUGACGGCCGCUCCGCAGACCCCAGCUUUCGCAUGCCCUGGAUACGGGUUUGAAGCUCUAGGAGACUGGACGCUGUCAAAUUUCCAGAAUCAUCCGUCGUCAAAUCUAACCGUAGUAGAGAGUAUCACCGGAGCACAGAGGAUCCUCGCGGCAGAGUCACUUGGAAAUGGGACCGUCAUCGCGGCGACGCAGUCAAAUUGGGUUGUCCGUCUUUACGCCCUCUUUAACAGAUACAUACAACUGCACCACCUGGGCCCGGUCAAUUCCAUCAGCAACCCCAUGUACACAUCAGCGGAUCCAAUAUACGCUCCCGUCGUGCAGGUACAAUGCCAUGCUAUAGACGGUGCCAGCGCCAAUCACUCAGGCAUCAGCUUCCUCACAAAUAAACUCACUAAUUACACAGAGGCCGGCGCCAUAUGCAACGGCCGUAAUGGUUUGGUCAAUUUUAAUUGGGUUGAUCUUUCAUCAGAGAAGGCUCUUGAGGGAAGAGGAGGUGGGCAAACGACGAAGCUCGACUCAACAUGGCGUCCAUCCAUCGGUGCUGUGGCCACAAUACCCGGCAUGCUUGGUAACCAGCCGACUUCUUAUAUCGUUCCAUGCAUUGUGGAUGCUCGAUGGGCUGCAUCAUCCGCUUGGUACGAGCCCUCCAUGAGCGGAACGGUGAAAGGCAAUCUGUCUAAUCCUGGCAUUCUCACUCGUUCUACAGUCGGGUUCAACUUGGAUGGUUCUGUCCCUGCCAAAGCAAAAUCACGUCAACAAUGGGGCAUUGGAGAUCCUAUUCAUAUAAGCCCUAAUUGGGCGGAGCUGCUAAAUACUCCGGGGCAUCUUGUUGGUUCCUCAAUCACCGCUACGAGCAUCGAGGCCAUGCUGUACAGCUACGUCACCCGCCUCAAUAAUGCUGAUUUCGCCGUAUUCACGAUGACAUCCAGCGAUGGAACUUUCGUGACAGACUCGGCCGAUCUGAUGGAGAGAGCAGCAGACAAAGUGGCCACUAUUCUAAGCCUUGCAAUUGCGGACGGGCUAUCGCGCAUUACCGAUUGGAGUGACAGUCUAGUCGUCCUUGAUACAAAUGGCGACAACAUCACUUACUCGUAUCUAAAUGCUCUUUCUGACAGAAAUGACUACGCAGAUUGGACUUCAUACGAUAUAGAGGCGAAUACGUUUCUCCGACUACGGGUCCAACGCUAUGGUUGGGCAUACGGCUGGUCUAUAAUCACAAUCUUAUCUAUUGUUGUCCUGUCAAUGCAUAUUUCCAUGGUCGUGUGGUAUACAGGCUACCAGUUCCGAAAGGGAGGAGAUAGUAUAGAGUUAUUCGCCGGAAAGAAAUAUAUUUGA